UUUCUUAAUGGAAAAAAAAGAUACAUUUAAAAAUAACAUUACCCGAAAUAUUUCUCAACUCGUUUUUUGUUGGGUUUCUUCUUUGCCCCAAUUCGCGAAUCUUCUCGACAAAUUGAAUUUGAGAUUCAAGAUAGCAGCAUCACAAACAAUUUCUGUCGAAAAGAAGAAAAAUUCCAGCAAAAUGUUAUUAAAAAUUGAUAAAUUUUUUUAUUAUCAAUUUAAAGAAAUUGUAAACAAUCGAUAUAAUCGAUGGUAUCGUUUAAAACAUUCGAGUGAAAUUCUAUCACUAUCGAUAUGGAUAUUUCGAAUGUUGUUGGCAAUUGCAAGCAAAAAGAAUAUUCUUUUCAACGACGACGACGACGAUAAUGUCUCCAGUGAUGGUGAAUCUACAGCUAUUGAUUGGCCAUAUAAAUAUUUGAUUAUAAAUUUGGAUGAUUAUGAACAAUCACGACGACCAUUGGUUGAAAUUCAAUCGAUUAAACGAAAUAUUUGGGAAAAAAAUUUACGAAAAUUGCAACAGAAAAAAAUUUUUCCAUUAUUUUUCCGAAAAUUUCUCUGUAUAAUAUUGACAAAAUAUUCGAUUUGGAAACAAAAACAUUCGAUUGAAUUGGAUCCGAUGAAAUGGUCAAAAAUCGGCCGUAUUGAUAUUCCACAAACAAUAACUUUGGAUGAUCGGUUUAAAAUUAUUAGAUUUUUACACAUAAUCGAUCCGAUUAUAUUCAUCAUACAUUUAUUGUUGAUACCACCUUGUUUAUUGAUAAUAAUCGAUUAUUAUACAACGAUAGUAUCGAUGUAUUCGUACGAUGAAAAUGAUCGAAUGAUCAUAAUCAUUCGAACAUUAUUUGCAUUCGAUUCAAUAAUGUUGAUUUAUAAUAUUCUAAUUAUAUUACAAUUAACAUUAUUUUUUGCCGUAUUAUCAAUUGGUUGUACAUUAUUAAACUAUAGUUUAAUAACACGUAUUAAUCGUUUAUUGAAUAAAAUUUCUCAAUUUUGUCAACAACAAUUACAUAAUGGCCGAAAAUUAUUGAUAAGAAAAUCAAUUGUUUCAAAUCGACAAUUAUUUUGUUUAUAUCGUGAACAUUGUCAAAUUUGUUUGGAUUAUCAAUAUUCAUAUAAUGAAUUAUGGGGUCCACCAUUACUUUGUUAUCUAAUUUUAAGUGUACCAUUUGAUUCAAUUGGCCUGUCAGCAUAUUGGUUAAAUCAUCUGACUUGGUUGGAUCAAUUAAAUGUUAAUCUUAUUCUAUUAUUUCAUGCUAUAACAACAUUAUUAUCAUUUAUCGAUUUGGCAAAACAAACAAAAUCAAUGCAUCAAACGGGAAAAUAUCUUCCUACGAUUAUACAAUCAAUUAAUAAUCAUCAUCAAGUUUUACCAUUUUAUCAUCAUAAUACUCAUAUAAAAUCAUCAUCAUCAUCAUUAUUAUUGAAAUUAAAAUUAAAUAAUCUUUAUGAUCGUUUAACACGUGGACAGAAAUAUGGUCCACGUAUAUCAUUGUUGGGAUCGAUUACCAAUAAAUUUAUAUUUGAUCUUUUCAUCACCUAUAUUGGAAUGUUUUUCUUUAUAUUACCACGGAUAUGAAUGAAUCACAAUGAAUGGUAUUUGGUCAUUGUCAAAAAAACGGCGAAAAUUUAAUUUAAAAACAAUAACCUUGACAUAAAAGACUUG